AAAAUAUGUCAAAAAUGCCGCUCAAAUUACAGUCGCACUAAAAAUGCAUUAAAAUCGAAGUUAUCGACAGAAACUCGAGAAUUAAACGUAGACUAAGCGGAACUUAGUACCAUCGACAUAAAGGUCAUCAUCAUGAAAUCAUCAACAAAAUAUUAUGUUCUCCUAAUCGCGACUGUGGCAGUAUAUUUCACUGUCUCAAAAUUAAUUUUUGAUAAAGUCAAUGAAACAUCAGACAUAGUUGUUGAUGAGUUGUUCCACAUUCCCCAAGGAAUAUCAUUCUGCGAUGGCAACUUUAGUUACUGGGACCCAAAGAUAACGACUUUACCUGGACUUCAUAUUACAUCAGCGUUAUUACUUGGUUAUUACUUCCCUUGCAAUACUUAUUACUUACGUUUCGUUAACUUGAUCGGAUCAUGUUUCAAUCUGAUUUUCUUUGCCUCAAUAUUAAAAUUUAUAUACGGCGGUUACAAUGAAAGUCAAUUUAAAAUUAUCUUACAAGCAUUGAGUCUAACUUUACUUCCACCUUUGUAUUUUUUCUCCCAUGUUUAUUACACGGAUACAUUGUCUUUAUUAUUUUUAUUAGUGUUUUCACGAUUCUGUUUUGCGAAUAGAGGUAAAUGGUUAAUAUUGCUGUUUGGAGAGCUAAGUGUUGCUAUGAGGCAAACAAAUAUUGUGUGGGUUGCAAUGGUAUUCGGCCAUAAAUUGUUGGAUAUUCUUAUUCGAAGCUCACGGGUAUAUGGGAAUCGUUACUUGUCAAAAACAUUGUUAAGUACAAGAUCCUUAAUUGCGAACGAUAUAGAUUCGUCUAAACUUAAAAGGUACUAUUCUAUAGCAGAUGUCAUUGCAGCCAUAAAAUUUCACUUGUCAACAUAUUUCAGAACAGCGUUUAAGUUCAUACCAUUAUCAGAUAUAUACGUAAUCAUACAACUGAAGAGUGUGCUACUAACGUUUGUUUUAUUUUUGUAUAUUAAUGGUUCAAUUGUUAUAGGUGACAAGAAAGCUCAUAUAGCAACGAUUCAUUUACCACAGUUACUGUAUUUCUUAUUAUUCUAUGGUGUAUUUGGGUUACCGUAUGUCCUUGCAAGGUUUGUAUCAACGGUAAAACUGAUUUUAAAAAACAAAUUAAAUGUUUUAUUGCUCUGUAUCAUAUUUGCUGUAAUAGUUCACUUUAAUACAAUAGUUCACCCAUAUUUGCUUGCAGAUAACCGUCAUUACACAUUUUAUUUGUGGAAUCGUUGGUUUAGGAAGUAUGAUUUCGCUAUAUAUGCCACAAUACCAGCAUAUGUCUUCCUACUGUUCAGUUUAUAUGAUAAUUUGAAAGACCAAAAUUGUAUAUCUUUUCUUUUGCCGUACUGCGUUUGUAUAUUUUUCGCUUUGGCUUUACAGCAAUUGGUUGAAAUAAGAUAUUUUCUUGUGCCAUAUGUUAUUUUAAGAUUGAGGUUCGUAAGGCCAACAUUUAAUGUUGUUUUGAUGGAAUUCCUAUGGUAUGUAGCUAUUAAUGUAGUAACCUUCUAUAUCUUCUUCACUAAAGAAAUUAGAUGGAUCGAUUUUGAUGAUGUUCAGAGAAUAAUAUGGUAACAAAAUAUUUACAUGAUCUUAAUAGAGUAGGUGUGUUUAAAAGAAACAUUAUUUUCGUAGCAAUUAAUAUAAUAGAUAACUUUCGAUAUUCUAUUUUUCAAAAGUAUGAUGUGCUUCAACAAAGUAACUUCAAGGAAUAAAAUGGUAAUAUUUUUCGUGAUUUUAGUAAGUAGAGUUUGAAAGAAAACUAUUUUUAUAUUAAAUUGCUUCAAAAUGAUAUGUAGCAGUAAGUAGCAAUAAAUAAAAUAAUCUCUAUAUAUAAUUCAAAAUACAAUUUUGUAGGAAUGCAAAAUAUUUGAAAGAAACCUAUUUUUGUAUUCAAAUGCUUCCGAAAACUAUCUAUUUUAUUAAAAAAUAUUAAAAUAAAACUGAAAUGACAAUUGUAAAACUCAUAAUAUUAUUUUUACAUAUGAAUAACUGCAGUUAGCACUAGCACUAGGUUUUACCUUGUCAAUUUAGUGCAUUUCACAGAUUUAUGUAAAACCAAAAUUAGCAAAAUAAUUAAACAUCCAGUCUAAUAGAUACAUCUAUACUUCUUUUUCCAUUAAAAGUAAUUUAUGAAAGAAUUGUAUAGCGUUUCUCAUUAAACACAUAGUUUUUGUUAAUUUUGUCUUAAACCAGGUUAGGUUUGCUUACUAUACUAAUAAAUUUUGUGAUAAUAGUGUAGAUUUGUGCAGUCGUUACAAAGCAUUUAAAAGAUAUAUUUGAUGCAUUUAUAAAUUAAGCUCUUAAAAUAUUAUGUAAUUAUUUAUAAGAAAUUUAUUUAGUACAGAUUAUGUUGUACAUAAAUCAAGACGUUGAUGUCAUUUUAGUUUGACUUGUCAAUUUAGUUUGAAAACGAAACUGAAUUGACAGGUCAAACAAUUUUUUUGGAAAGAUUAGUUACAUAUAACUUACUGACCCUGCUUUCUGAGUCCAAGGCCGUGGGUUCGAUUCCCACAACUGGAGAGUGUUUGUGUGAUGAACAUGA